GGGUUUUUUAAUGACGUCGGAAAUAAUUAAUUGUGUAAAUUCAUCGUUUGUUAAGAUAACCAAACCUCCUCGAACUGAAAGGAAACUCAAUUACCUCAUCGAUCUUGCUGUAACUGUUUAUCAUCAUCAAUGAAAUUUUAUAAUUUAGGAACAUGUUCGAAGCCGUGUGGGAUUCUGCGAUGGCGGGGGCUGACCAUCAUGCUCGACUGUUCCUUGGAUAUCUCCACCGUCCUCAACUACCUCCCCCUCCCCCUCUCUGGCAACUCCAAGUUUAACUUCGUCCCACGAUUCCAAAACUACUCGGCCAAUUUCGAAAAAGAAUUAUGCGAGAUAAAUAAUUAUGUCAUGGUGGAUUCCGCACCACUACUCGGCGUCCCACAUGAAUCCUCAAUAGAUAUUUCGGAAAUUGAUGUCAUUUUGAUAUCCAACUCGUCAUCAAUUUUGGCACUACCAUUCUUCACGGAACAUCCAGAUUUCAAUGGAAAUGUGUAUGCAACAGAGCCCACAGUUAAUAUUGGAAAGUUUUUCAUGGAAGAGCUGGUGGAAUUUGUGCAAAAUGUUCCAAAGCCGCGAGCAUCUUUGUCAAAAGAAGCAGAUGGAGAAAACAUUUACAAAAUGCUGGAGUCCUCUCUAAACUUUCCGAUUAAGCUGGGCAAAAAUUCAUUUAAUCGAAACCUGAGGGAGAUUUACUCAAAGAAGAGCAUUAGCGACGCGCUACUAAAAAUUCAGGUUGUAGGAUUUAAUGAAAACAUUGAUAUAUUUGGAAAAGUUGUGGCUACAGCUGUAAGUUCAGGAUACUCAUUGGGAAGUUGUAAUUGGAUUCUGAAAUCUGAGAAAAAUAAAAUUGUUUAUGUCACAUCGUCUUCUACUCUGACAACACAUCCGAGUCCGAUGGAACAAUCCCUUCUAAAAGACGCGAACGUAUUCUUUCUUAAUGGACUAACUCAAGCACCGAGUUAUAAUCCGGAUACCAUGAUGGGGGAAGUUUGCAUGACUGUUGUUAAUACGCUACGUUCUGGAGGAAAUGUAAUUUUCCCAUGUUAUCCAAGUGGCAUUGUAUACGAUCUUUUUGAGUGCCUCACAACUCAUCUGGACUCUGCUGGUUAUGGAAAUUUUCCUUUCUACUUUAUUUCUCCGCACGCUGAAACAUCACUGGCCUAUUCUAACAUUCUUGCCGAAUGGUUAUCCAAUACUAAACAGAGGAAAGUUUACAUUCCGGAGGAUCCUUUUCCUCAUGCCCAACUUGUUAAGGAUGGUCGCCUAAAGCACUACAAAGCCCUUCACGAUAUAAGUGAAGUCCGACAACCUUCAAUUUUAUUUUGUGGGCAUCCCAGCCUGAGGUUUGGAGAUAUCACGCACUUGAUUGAAACGUGGGGUUCUAAUCACAAUAACACAAUUAUUUUCACUGAGGCUGAAUUUUCUCAUCUGGAAUGCUUAAUUCCAUAUCAGCCUUUGGCAAUGAAGACGGUCUACUGCCCCAUUGACACGUCACUAAACUUUCACCAAGCAAAUAAACUAAUAAAGGAGUUGAAACCUCGUCUUCUAGUUACACACGAAGAAUAUUUGUCACCACCGAGAACUAAUCCUCACCGGACUGAGUUUACAAUUGACUACUCACACACUGAAAAAAUAUCAACUGGAUCAGUAUUAAAUAUCAAAUUGAAGAAUACUUUUGCUUGUGCAAAAAUGGACCCCCUAUUGGCAAGUGAAUUGCAACCUUAUGUAAAGGACGAUAAAGGCAUGGCUGCGUCUACGAUUACUGCCGGAAUUGAAAAAAUGAACAACAAGUAUCGAUUGUUAAAGCCCUGCAUGGAUUUGUGUGAUCCAUACAAGUGCCCUCCUGAAAAGUACACAUGGGGCUCAUUAGACUCUGCAAUUGUAAUGCACAAACUAGUACAAGAAGGAUUUAACCAGGCAAAGAUUGUACAUACGGCAACUGGAUUCGUUAUAAAUAUUCCCAAUGAAGACGUCGUGAUUUCUGUGGAACCAUCCUCCACGCACAUAGUAUGCGGGAGUGGGGGCGAUGGAUCAUCAAGAACACGAUUGAAACGCUUACUGACUUCCUGUCUUACUGAAUUUUAAGUCAUUUACAUUUUCUUGAAUUAGAAAACGUUGUUGCAAUUAUUAUUUGUAAAUUAAUAUUAAAUGCAAUAAAAUAUUACAUUUUAUACCCCUAAAUA